UUGGAGAAAACUAAAUUUAAAAUAGCAAAAGAAGAGAACGGGCAACUAACUAAAGAUGUAAAGGCCAAAGAAAGAAGUGAAGAAAAGGGCAAACAAGCCAAAGAAGUAAAUGUCAAGAGAAAAAGUGGAGAUAAAGCUAACGAAAAGCAGUCACUGACUGAGAUAUCUGAAGUCGGAAGAAAUACUUACGUAGUGUGCUUAAAGGACUACGACGAAGAUUAG